UUCAGCUUUUUUACAGAUUCUGUGAGGUUUGCUUCCAAUAUUUGCAUGCAAUUUGUCUAAUCCCUUCUUCUCUCCACCUAUGCAAUAUUUGCUGUGCCAUUGGCUGCAACACAACGUCAAAGCAUGAUAGAUCAACCCCCAUGAUUAAUAGUGGUUCUUUAGGCAUGGUGUUCUUUUCAUGAAAUGGUGUUCCUUUUUUUUUUUUUCAAACAUAACUGCUGAUUUUGGCCAAAGUGUUCUAUUUUAAUUUCAUCAGUCCACAGCACUGGUUUCCAACCUGAAUCAGGUUUGUGUAGAUGUUUCGUUACAUGCUUCUGGCAUUGGAUUGCAUAAUGAGGAUGCGGUAAGGUUUUCUUCUACUGACACUUCAACGAAGGUCUUGUUGGUGCAAGCAUCGCUGCACAAUGAAACGGUGCACCACCUCUGCUGAGUUUACUAAAUCUUCGUGCAGGUUUUCAAAUGGGAGUUUCGAUUUUCCUUUCUGACCAGCAUAUAAGCGGUUCUCUCUGAGAGUUUUGUUGUACGUCCAGAUUACAUCUUGACCUCCAAAGUUCCGCUAAAUUGCCAUCUCUUAAUUACAUUUCACACUGAGGAAACUGCAAGCUGACAAUGCUUUGCUUUCUUCUUGUAGUCUUCUCCUACAUUGUGGCCAAAAUAACUGUUUAGAGCUGUGUAAGCUCUGGCACUGAACCCAUGGUUGCUGAGUGUUCGCACAAGGUUUGAAGAGUCUGAGUAUUUGUACAGCUUUGAAAUUGGAACCAGCAAAUGUCCUAAUGACAGUUGUUGACAUGCCUCUGGCCUAACAGCCUUAUUAAGGUCUGAGAACAUGUAAAAAGAAUCUAAGACUUCGGAUCCUUUAGGGUCCCCAAACCUUUCCACAUGGCAAAAUUAUGUUUAUAUAUAUUAAAAAUGUUUGUUCAAUUAAUGACAUGAAUAGUGACUAUGCAAUAAUGUUUGCUGAAAAUAUUGUUUUUUUCCAUGUCCUAGAGACUCUGUGGUUACAUUGUUUAAAUUAUAAAAUCACCAAAAUAUACUAUUUGUCAAGGGGUCCCCAAACUUUUGCAUACAACUGAAAUCAUUUUUAUUGUUGUGGCGUACUGGAAAUUACAAAUAAUUUAUGAAUAUAUGUUUUGACUUAUUGUUGUCUCUUAUUGUUUAGGUGUUCUCUUCGUAAAUGUUAUCAAACUUUCAUCCCCUCUACAAGUUUCUUCAGUUCUGUACAUUUCAGUGGUCUGUAACUGCAGCAGCAUUACUUCAUGUUAUGGACAUUGUGUCACAUCCCAAGAUUAACUAGGUUUCAGAGGCAAGACACUGUGUCACUGUUUGGGUAAUUAGUGCCAGGAGUGGAAAGGGAAGUGGUUUCAACUCUGCUCAGCAGUCAUCAAUUUAGUAAAUAGGUGAAUUAGAUUGCUUUGGUAAACGUAUAAACCCAAGAAUCAAAUGGAAAUGUGUUUGGACAAAUGGAAAACUCACUGUCAACAAAAUGUACAGAUACACACUGGUUAUAGAACAAAAAAAAUACUGCCAAAUAUAUCCAAACAUAUCAGGAACAUCGAUGGACCUUCGAAUCGUAAACGAACGUUACAACAUCACAGCUCGUUUGUUUGACGAGAGUUAUCCGCACAGCUGCAAAGAGACUGUUUUCAGAGGUUUUCCUCCAGAAUUGGUUCGAUGUGGCCCCCCAUUAAGUGUAGACUUUAAACGCCAUUCAAGACAGCUGGACAUCUUGCCAUCCUGGGGAAUGGAGAAGAGGUAUAUCCAGUCUUACACAGUGAGAUACAAAGAACUGAAGGGACCGUCGUGGGCAGAGCCAACAGUGUAUUCACAGGAUAUAAAUAAAUUAACUGUGAGAAAUCUUAGCUCUUCGAUGACAUAUGAGGUGCAGCUUCGGGUUCUGGAGAACCAAAGAUGCACCCAGGUGCCCUGGAGCAAGAGUUUCCUUGUCCAACCAGAACUUACAGAUGAGCCUGUCAUUAAGAUGGUUAAAGAUAUUUCAAAAAUGAAAGGGAAGAGAUUGGUGACCAUCAAAUGGAAGUUUGCAGCCAGUGAAGUAUCUGAAGGCUACAGGGUGACUGUGAAGAAGUCAGGAGGGGAGACCACUGAGACCUUUAACACAAGCCACCCCUUACUCACGCUGAUCCUGUCUCACUCAGCCUACCAAUUUGAGAUAAUUGCUAUCAGCAAGGUUGGAACUUCGCCUGCUGCACAAAGGACUAUACCUCCAUUUUACGACAAAGGCUUAAACGGGAAGCUGAAGGUGACAUUUAAUGGCAAUACGUCCUUUAAUGUCUCAUGGGUCGAUGACCUAAUCAAAAACUACUCCUGCUUCGCAGUGGAGUGGUGGGGGAAUAAAGAGAAAGCUGCUCACAAAUCAUUUUAUGAGGAUGAGAAGAUAUAUAAAGUCAUACUAUUGGAUGAGCCAUUGCAGCAGUAUACAAGGUAUACCUUCACCCUGCACACAAGGCUAGACAAAGAUGUCUGCAACCUAAAAUCCAUCAACAACAGUGAGAGCACCUACGGGAGCAUUCAAGCCUACUUCAAAGAAGGAAUUCCCAUCAGUGCUCCAGGGAACAUCAGCAGCAAUGUUACCCAGAGUUCCAUGGUGCUAGAGUGGAUAGCUGUCCCUGAGGAGGACACCAGAGGUUUUCUUCUUGGCUACAUUCUCUACUACAGAGAGAAUCCACAGGAUGGGACAGAAACUGAGACAAACAUUACUAUAGAUGCUGGUUCAAUGAGCUACGAGUUGGUUGACCUGAAGAGCAGCACUGUGUACAAGGUCCAGUUGUCUGCCUUCACUGGUGCAGGAAUGGGAGUGAGAAGCUCAGCUGCAUACUUUGAAACCAAGCCAAAAGAUUGGCUUUUUAAUCCGUCAUCAUACUUUACUGCAAAUGGUGUGAUAGCAGGGGUUGUUGCUGGAGUACCUAUACUCUUACUUUUGGUUCAUCUUUCUUCUAUGUUGUUUAAAAGGGCAAAGAAACUACCUUGGCCAAUUAUCCCUAAUCCUGAUAACAGCAAUGCCAUCCAGAAAUUAGAUGGGGUCUGUGAGCUGAAACUCCUGGACCCCAAUAACAGCCAGACGUUAGAAGAAGAGGAGGGAGACUCUAAAAGUCUGUGCAUCAUUGAUAGAAAUGAAGAAAUAUCUUCCAUUAGCAACAUCUACAGCAACAAUGACAUGUGUCCACAGUUGAACACAGACCAAACGGGGGCCCAAGGGCCUUCUACAUCCACCACAGACUCCCCCAAGCCAAGUUCAGUAGAUCUUCAAACUGACACCGCCACUGCCUGUAAAGCAGCAGGUCCCACUUCCGACAUGGAUGCACGUACUAGCACAGACAUGACACAGACCGCCAUGGCUCCAAACAGCACGGUGGCCCACAAGUGCCCCCCCUUGGCCUUUCUGAGCGAUUACACCACCAUGGAACUCUUCCAACAGACCAUGCCUCAGGGCAUUUCUGCCACAUGUUCAUCAUUGACUCAGGGUCCAUCGAGCCAGUCAACAGACACAGACUCAACUCUGACUCCACUAGAGUUGCAUUAUAUCUGCCCGUCCCUCAGUCAAACUGCCAUCCAACCAUCCCACGGCAGCGCCAGUGAAACUCAGAACGCAGAGGAAUGUUACACAGUCCUUUGAUUUUUACCAGUCAUUCAAAGUAGUUGAUGUAAAACUAUUAUAAACUGUAUGUAAAGAACCAUCUCACUACAUCCUAUUAUAAACUGUAUGUAAAGAAACAUCUCACUGCAUCCUAUUAUAAACUGUAUGUAAAGAACCGUCUCACUGCAUCCUAUUAUAAACUGUAUGUAAAGAACCAUCUCACUGCAUCCUAUUAUAAACUGUAUGUAAAGAACCAUCUCACUGCAUCCUAUUAUAAACUGUAUGUAAAGAACCAUCUCACUGCAUCCUAUUAUAAACUGUAUGUAAAGAACCAUC